AUAUAUCUGACUGGCUAUAUUGUAGUGACUAUGUUAUGCGGCUUUACGUUCACAUUCACUAUGUUUAUUUGUAGAUGAUUGAAGACAAACGGUAAGAAAAUUUAGAGAAUUGAGCAACCAGUGAAGAUUAAGGUGUAACAUUCUACCGUCUAUGGUAUUUCCAUCCCAAAAAAACAUUACAGAAUAAAUCUGGUAGAACUUUUACUUUCAGUAACCACGUAUAACCCAAUGGAAAACACGAACUCUUGUCUUUGUCCAACACCUGAAAAGUAUCAUUUAGUUUUAUAGAAAAGAAUGUAGUUUCUCCUUACAAUUUGUGAAAAGUACACAUACAUACACUCGAAAUUUUCUUUAUGAUGAACAGUAUUGGAUAUAGUACAACUACAUCGUUUUUGUUAAUGUAGAUACAGGAUUUUCCAUUUAAUAUUAGAAAUAAUUUAAAGGUCAAACAAAUGAAGUGCAUAGAAUAAAUGUAUAUCGAGAUAAAAUUCAAUGUUAAAAACCAUCCAUAUUGUAUAUGUACAUAACUGUAUACAAUAAUCUUAGAAGAAUUUAGGCAGAAUAAUAAAAAUGAAAGAAGGAAACAAUAAGAAAAAUUGAUUCACUGACUUACUGAAAAACUUGACAUUUAAUAGUGUUAAAACCUCAUCAAUAUUUUGUUGUCAGUUUAAGAUUAAUUUAUAAGGUUACUAGAUUUUUGUUUCAUGUUAAGACAGGCUUACAGCCAAACUACGUUGAGAUUUUUGGAGUUUUUCGAAGUUUUACUUUUGUUCCAUACCAUUAAUCAAUCCAUUCAAUGUCCUUAUUUAAUGAUAUACAGACUCUGAAAAAUCUUCAUUUAAUCACAAUGAGGUACAAUUUGAAGAUAACUGUCAAAUAUAUAUAAUAUACACUCCGUUGUUGUCAAUGUGAUGUGUUUUCAACUGAAGUUCACCAAAUAACGUUUGCAACAUCCCCAUCAAACUAAGCAACUCUCUAUCUUGAAGCAGAUUUUUGGCUUCAUAUUCUCAAAACUGAUUGACAUGAAGCCAUUAUCCUAGGUCUGUAGUGCUUAGCAGUUAUCAGAGAGACUAUGAUUGGCCCCUUCCUGGUCUAUAUUACUGAUUAUCAAUACUCUCAGAUACUCGUCAUUGGUGAGGUAAAUCCAUCAGGAUUGAAUUAAACAUUUAACGAUUAAACGUGAAAUCAAGGUUAGAUCCUACAGACUGGUAAACUUAUUGAAACACUAAUAAAUUUUUAUAUUUAAAAUCAGUAGUCUAAUGGUGUUUGGAUAUAAUACACAGAACUUUUCAACAAAAUGAAUACCUCGGCUUUCGAAUAAUAAGUAGCUUACACAAAUAAAGCAUCAACGAAAAGAUCAUUAGCACCUAAUCUGUGACAUCGCUUGAUGGAUAAAGCCACUGCAUAAUGACUAACAUCAGGGUCUUGAAAAACUAUGUCAUCUAUAGACAACAAGUAAUCAGGUGGUAAGGAUGAACAUAUACAGUGAAUAAAACUGUAAUUAAAAUUUACAAAGAUUUUACAAGCGAGUAAUGUCAUUGUCAGAGUUGAAAGUUUUCGUAUCUUCAAAACGGAGUAACAUGGAUAGGAUAAUUCAUGAAUGUUUCAAAAUAAUUUUUCUUUGUAAAUUUUAUACGCGUGGAGAUAUUCAUUAAAUGUAACUUCUUUAAAUAACAGCUCUCUUACCCAUAGAUUUUGAUGUUAAAAGUAUCGCAUCACUAUAGGUUUACUUUCGUUGUUAAACGUACCCGGAUUGAUUACAGAUGCUUCUAUAAUUCGGUACACGUCUUGUAGAACUGCUUGUUUUAGAACAUGUAAGACGUCAGCUCUUACCGUCCAUGUCCUUACCGCCUUUUGACAUUUUUACUGUUCAAAAACUCAUAAAAUAUAUUUUGGACGCAACAUUAAAAUCUUAUAUGUAUAAAUCUUUGAAACUGACAAGGAUUAUGCAGAAAGCCAUCAUGUUUCAUUGAAUUAUAUAGUCUGUCUAUAAACCUGUUUAGUUCGUUCCCCACAGUUUCACCUAGAUCUUAGACAUAACUUCAGUGUUUAUUACGUUACUCACCAAUAUAUUUGACUUUUUAUCCUUACACAAAUGUAUUUGGUUCAAAUGGGUCAUUUACAUUUUCUAAUGCACAGAUUUUAAACGACUUAGGAAUUAUAAUAUGUUUAUAAGUUAAUCGUUUGUAAACUAUUUGAUAACCAGACAUUUUUGUACUUUCAGGAGUUAUCCUUACUGAUGAAGACCGCGACACUGAGAAAGCGUUUGAAAAUGGUGUUCAAGCAGCUAAUGAAGUCCUAGGUCAAAGUGGAACUCUAUCAUCUUACCAGUUAGAACCUAUUAUCCAAUUUGUACCUAAAGAUAAUGUUUUUGUAGCCACACAGCAAGCAUGCAAAAUUUUGGAUAGAGGCAUUAUUGCCUUAUAUGGACCAAGCUCAACAUCUUUAUCACAAGCUUUGUUGUCUUUGGCCAAUCGAUUUGGUUUACCAUAUGUUGAAACACACUGGAAUAUGAUACCAAGAAAAACUACUUAUGCCAUACAUUUACAUCCAAGUAUAGAAAGUUACGGAAUAGGUUUAUAUGAAUAUUUAACUCAGGUGGAAAAAUGGAAACGUAUGACACUCAUCUACAAUAAACCUGAAAGUUUGCUCAAAUUUGCCACUUUAGUAAAUAAUUUUGAAGGAAUACUAAAAAUUAAAUCAUGGGAUGAAAAUGCAAGUGGUGCUAGAGCAAUGAUGGCAGAGCUAGGGUCAGGAUUGGAGAAAAAUUUUCUUGUGGACAUUCCCAGUUGGCAAGUAACCAAUUUCUUAGUUAUGGCAUAUGUGCACAAUAUGACCGGCUUUCAGUAUACUUUCGUAUUCACAGAUUGGGAUAUUGCAAUAUUAGAUUUAAGCGCAUUCAAAAUUGAUGUAGGUGCAAGAAUCAAAGCAGUUUCAAUCAUUCCUAAAGUUACUUCAUUGGACAUAAAUAAAACACCUCAACCAGAAAUGUUACCUUAUAAGAAAACUCUUGAAAAUAUUGCUAGUUCAAAAGAUUUUUCCAAUGGAAACCCUACUAUUCAAUUCAGUUUAAUUUACGAUAGCCUUAUACUUCUAGCACAUGGACUUAGUACGGUGACAAGAACAAGACCAUUGUUACCACAGAAAUUAAGCUGUGAACGUCCACCAGGUCUAUGGCCUCUUGGGUUAAGUCUGAUCAAUGCAGUUAAAUCGGUAGCGUCAGAAACUAUUCGGGGUUUAACAAGUCCCUUCCGUUUUGACAAACACGGUUUAAGAACAUUAUUCGAUCUAACUACUCUGGAACUAACCCAGGGUGGAUUUAAACCUACUGGAGUAUGGAACAUAGAUGAAAGAAUGAAAGUUGCAAAGCAACCUGCAAUAACGUUACCAAAACAGUUACCCAAAAUCAAAGGUGUAGUCUUGAAAGUCACAACAAUCCCUGAUGCCCCAUUCAUGAUUCCAAUCAAGUUUGAUGCAUAUGAUAGACCAUUAGGUACACCUGAUGCAUGGAUGGGAUAUUGUAUUGAUCUGUUGAAUCAUAUCGCAUCAGAUGUUGGAUUUAAUUAUACAGUUCAUAUAACACCAGACAGACAAUAUGGAUCAGGUAUAGACGUUGGAAACGGAACCAUUUUCUAUAAUGGCAUAAUGGGAGAACUGAUCAGAGAGGAAGCUGAUAUGGCUGUAGCCGGAUUUACAAUAACAUAUGAACGUGAAAAACUUGUUGAUUUUAGUACACCGUGGAUGACUUUGGGUGGGAGUAUUUUAUUUACAAGACCAAAAAGUCAAAAACCAUCAUUGUUUUCAUUUCUUCAACCACUUUCACCACAAGUAUGGUUAUACGUGGGUUUCACGUAUUUAGCUGUGUGUUUGUGCUUAUUUGUUGCUGCCCGUCUUUCUCCACAUGAAUGGACAGCAACACAUCCUUGUGAAGAAGGUGGCGAUACAAGAAAAAAUCAAUUCACACUAUUAAACAGCUUCUAUUAUAAUGUAUCUGCUUUACUGAAUCAAGGAACUGAACUUGCACCACAUGCUACUUCAACACGAUUGUUAACAGGAGUUUGGUGGUUUUUCGCCUUGAUUAUUAUUGCUACAUACACAGCUAAUUUAGCUGCAUUUUUGACAGUUGAAAAUAUGAAAUCACCCAUUGAAAGCGCCGAAGAUUUAGCUAAUCAAGAAAAAAUUAAAUACGGAACCUUGAAAAGUGGAUCAAGCCGUGAUUUUUUCAGAACCUCAUCUUUACCAACGUUUAAGAAAAUGGGUGAAUUCAUGGACAAAUAUCCAGAUGCUACUGUAUCAACCACUCAAGAGGGGAUUGAACGUGUUCUACAAGGUAAUUAUGCCUUCAUUUUAGAAUCAACCUGGAAUGAAUAUUAUGCUCAGAGAGAUUGUCGUCUAACGCAAGUUGGAACAUUGCUUGAUUCUAAAGGUUAUGGGAUCGGAUUUCCACAAGGUUCACCAUGGAGGGAUCCCGUAUCGAAAUCAAUUUUAAAAUUACAGAAUGCUCAAAUUCUGGCAAAAUUAAAACGUAUUUGGUGGAAUGAAUUUAAUAUCACGGAACCAUGUUCUUUAUUACGUGAAUCAGGUAAAGCUCCAAGUCCAUUGGGUGUAGAACAAGUUGGUGGUGUAUUUAUUGUCUUACUGAUUGGAUUUUUUAUGGGAUUCGCCGUAUCGAUUAUUGAAUUUUUAGUUGCAACAAGAGAUCAGCAAAAGACAGCUGUUUGGCGUGGAAUGUGGAAGGAGUUGAAAUUCGCUACACGAUGUUUAACGACAUCACGUCGAUUAAGAUCAGACAUUCCUAAAUUAUCUAGAUCCCGUUCAAGUAAUCGACUUAUAUCAUCUGUACCAAAUAAUUUAAGUGCAAUAAAUAAUUCGCCAAAUUCAUUCGGUUUCAGCGAAAAUCAUAAUAACAAUAUAAAGCUAAAUAAUAAUACUAAUGUCAGUAAGAAUAUUCAUAUGAGUGGAAUCAAUUCAAAAAUUGAACAAGAUACAUCUAGAGACCAAUUGUUAAUUUCCGAAUCCAGACCUUUUACUUAUGAACAGCAGAAUCAGCAAAAUCAAGAAGGAACUUAUCGAACAGAUCAGAAAAGUGCAAGUCUACAAUGUCCUAGUUCAUUCGAUCAAAGUGAUAUAUCUGCAGGAAUAUCAAGUGAUCCACAGCCUCAAACCUACAACGCGCGUCAACAACAACACCAUCUUGCAUAUAACAUCCAGUCACAUCAACAAUUACAGCAACAUCACCCAUAUAUACAUAAUGAAACUGAUAUUAAGCGUUUUACGAUGCCACAAACUGUAGUUCGAUCAAAUUUCAACGUUGGAAUGACUAAUAUGAAUGGAGAUUCCGAACUAUGGCAAAUAAACCAACAGAAAUAAUUUCAAUUUGAAAAAAAAUUACUUGACGCGCGACUUUUAAAAAUGUUUUCAACACUGUUUAGUUUAUGCCUUAAUUUAUUGGAAAUCUGAAUCACUCUAAGGCUUGAAAGUAUCUACGUUACGUUUAAGAAAGCAAAAAGUUUUAAUUGGAAAAUCCCUUUCAGUUUCAUAUAAAAUGUUAGUAAUAAUUUUAUUCAACUUAUGUAACCUCUUUUUGUAAUGUUGGAUUUUGAAAAAAUAGUUGAAUUGAUUUGUUCAGUUCAGAACUACGAAUUAUAUAAAGUGAAUAUAAACAAAUAAAGUAUAAUAUG